CGCAGAAUUACUCUCCUUGUAAAACACAUUAUUAUUAUUAUUUUCGUCAUAACGUAUUAAAGUACGUUAAGUAAUAAUAUCUUUUAUUGAUCCAAAAUACUCGUUUAUAACUCAUGUACACAUAUGUAUCCGAUUCCGUUCUAAUACUGUUGUAUUAAAAAAACUAACAAUCAUCAUAUAUGUAUUGAGAAUCUUUUUAAACAUUAGAGGAGUAGCGUUAUAUAUUUUUGAAGGAAUGUGUCAUAAAAAGAAAAAAUUAAUAAAAAAGAUUAUAUAUUUUUGAAGAAACUUGUACAAAAAAUUAUAAAAGAAAAAAAUAUGAUGAGCGUGAAACAGUGUCAGAUUUGGUUGUUCAACAUAUUUGAUCUUCCAAGUUUGGGAGACAUGAUAACAAAUCCAAUGAAUGAUUUUGAUGUGGUAGCACCACCGGACGACACCGUCUCUGCCCUAGCUUUUAGUCCGAUUACAGUACCACGGAAUUUUUUAAUUGCCGCUAGUUGGGAUAGUACUAUACGUUGCUGGGAGUUUGGGCAAACCGGAAAUACGAAGCCAAUAUCCAUAAAAAUUAUGGGUAAACUUGUGUUGGAUGUGUGCUGGUCUGAUGAGUGUACAAAGGGGUUCAUAGCCAGUGAAAAUCAACUCAACAUUUGGGAUUUAGUUUUAGACCAGCAAAUGCAAGUGGCUGUUCAUGAUGCAUCCGUUCAAGGGGCAGGAGUGCAAAAUUCUGGGAUACCCGUUCCGCCAUUCCGAUGCGAACUAUUUGUUUAUAUGAACGAUGUUACUGCGCCGAUGUUGAUUAUCCGAUCAUUAGGCUAUGAUUGGUCGAAAGGGCAUGGACAUUUUAAUGCCGACAAGAAGCGUCAACUCUUUCUUAAACCUUGUUACGAAAAAUUGAAGCCACAGCAAGUUGUUCCACAAUUGUUGAAUUUACUGUAA